GACAAUGUCAGUUGUCUUUAUAUUAUGUUUUGAAUUUUGAUGUGUGUGUAUUGAAAACUAGAAAACACGAGGAAAACUGUUUUUAAAAUUAAAGUUGUUAUUGCACACUUCAGGCCGUAAUUUAUGUUAUUUUUAUAAAAAAAUCCGUACUUCGCGCAAGUUAUGUAAAGUGGUUAAAUAUAAGGAGAUAGAGAAUAAAAGUUAUUUAAUAUUAAACAGUGCUUCUUGAAAAAAAUGCUUCAAAACCUGUCACAACAGGUCUCGUAUCAGAUGUUUUGAGUAUUCAACAUAUAUUUUUAAGUGUGUCAUUGCCUCAUUGGCAUUCAUAAUCGCAAUGUCCGAUUCAACACCGUUUUACGUAGAUCGAGCCAAAGGUGGUAGGGCAGCAUGUAAAUUAUGUAAAGGCAACUGUCCUAGUGGUGAACUACGUAUGGCCAAACUUGUACCGAGCCCGUAUGGCGAUAAUCAAUCCAUGAAAUCUUGGUAUCAUGUUCAUUGUUUUACUGACGUAUUGUUAAAGCAACGCCCUAAUACUAAACGAGUUGAAUCCAUCAACGACAUUGGUAACUGGGACAAUAUUAGUAAGGAAGAUCAAGAAUUGAUACUAAAAAAAUUAAACGAAACUGAAAAAUUGUACGCAGAAAAACACAGUGGGAAAUACACAGCGAAACUAAUUGAAAACAAAUCUUUAGGCUCCAUAAAGAAAAAUAGUGUUAAAAGUGAGCCAGACACUACUGAUAGUGGUAACAUUGUAGAAGAUAAUAAAUUUAGUACUUUUAUUGAAUUAUGUAAAAGAAUUGCAAAAGUCGAUGCAUAUACUGAAAAGACUGCUGCUGUUAAUUCUUUUUUUACGAAAGGAAUAGAGAAAGAUAAUUUUAAAGGAGAUCUUGGUUUGUGGUGUAAAUUACUAUUACCUCAAGUAACCAAAAGAGUUUAUAAUUUAAAGAGCAAACAAUUAGUUAAGCUCUUCUCAAAAAUAUUCAAUAUUGAUCACGAUGAUAUGUUAACGGAUCUAGAACAGGGAGAUGUGGCAAAUACGAUACAGAGAUUUUUCUCAACAUCAAAGGUAGUGCAACCUGCUUCCUUUAGUUCACUUACGAUCCACAACAUAGAAGAUUUCCUAGAAAACUUAUCUACAUUAACAAAAGAAGAAGAACAAAUUUACCACUUCAAAAAAAUUGUGAAAAAAUGUACAUUAGAUGAUAUGAAAAUGUUGAUACGGUUAAUAAAAGGAGAUCUAAGAAUUAAUGCUGGACCAAAGCAUAUCUUGGAAGGAGUGCAUCCCGAUUCAUAUAAUGUUUUUCAGACGUCAAGAGACCUUAAUAUGGUUCUUGAUCGGGUUUUGUCAAAGAAUAAUAGUUCAAAUGACAAGGGUGUGAGCCACAAAGCUGUUUCAGCAAAACUGACAUUAAUGACUCCAGUUUUGCCUAUGUUAGCUGAAGCAUGCAAAUCAAUUGAAAUGGCGAUGAAAAAAUGUCCAAACGGUAUGUACUCUGAAAUUAAAUAUGAUGGGGAGAGAGUUCAGAUACAUAAAAAAGGUACAGAAUUUAAAUACUUUUCUAGAGCAUUAAAACCUGUGAUGGCACAUAAAGUAAGCUUAUUUAAGGAACAUUUGCCUAAAGCUUUUCCUAAAGGAGAAGAUAUGAUAUUAGAUGCUGAAGUUUUGAUGGUGGAUGUGUGUACUGGGAAGCCCUUACCAUUUGGUACAUUGGGCGUACACAAACAAUCUGAAUUUAAAGAUGCGGAAGUAUGUUUGUUUAUAUUUGAUUGUCUCUAUUAUAAUGGAGAAGUAUUGAUGAAUGAGCCAAUUUGGAAAAGAAAGAAGUUUCUUGAGGAAAAUAUGAUUGAAGUAAAAAAUCAUGUCAUGUUAUCUGAAUUACAGUUUAUUGAGAAGCCAUCAGAUUUAGCUAAGAUGAUUGCUGAGGUUCUACAACUGGGUCUGGAAGGACUGGUACUAAAAGACCGUGAAUCUAUAUAUGAGCCGGGAAAACGUCAUUGGUUGAAAGUGAAGAAAGAUUAUCUCUUUGAUGGAGCAAUGGCUGACACUGCAGAUCUUGUUGUACUUGGAGCUUGGUUUGGUACAGGUAAGAAAGGCGGAAUGAUGUCAGUAUUCUUGAUGGGCUGUUUGGAUAAGUACAAAAAUAAGUGGGUAACUGUAACCAAAGUGCAUACGGGACAUGAUGAUAGCACGCUCGAGAGACUUCAAAAGGAGUUAGGACCUUUAAUGUUGAAGAUUUCUCAAGACAGUAAUAAAGUCCCGUCAUGGUUAGACUGUAAAAAGGGUAUGGUGCCGGAUUUCGUCGCUUUAGAUCCUAAGAAGCAACCAGUUUGGGAAAUUACAGGUACCGAGUUAACAAAAGCAAACCAACACACAGCCGAUGGGAUAUCAGUGAGGUUCCCAAGAGUCACAAGGAUUCGAACAGACAAAGACUGGCAGUCCGCCACGAACUUGGAUGAACUGAAACAUUUAUACAAAACUUCGAAAGAAACCAGUGACGUCUCAUUAUUAAACAAAUUGGCUGCUUCAGCUUCUGGUAUUGAAACAACGAACAAAAAAACGAAGGCUAGUCCGAAGAAACAAAAUAAAUUGGACAAUUUCUUAAAGAAAGAACCAAAACAGAGUCCUUCAAAGAAAUCUCCAGAUAGUCCCCUAGUAAAGUUAGAAACAAAAGCGUCGAACAAAAAUAAACUGAAUGGUUCUAAUUCGGAUUUGAGUUACGAUGAGACUGAUUCUAAAAGGGAAAUCAAAAGAAGGAAAAGACAUUUAAAUAUUUCGGAAGGAACCCUCUCUGAAUCUUAUGAGGAAACGAAUAAGAAUAAGAAAAAGAACACCGAAGAAACAAAGAAGUCGGAGGAGACUGAAACGGAUGUCAAAAGAGAAAUGAAAAGAAAGAAAAGAGAUUUAGACAGUUCUCAAGAAACUAUUGCAGAGUUAAAUGAGACGCCUGCAAAAGUAAAGAGAAAAGACAAAACAACAGUUAGUGGAAAUAAAUUAUACCCCGACAACCCUUUGCCGGACGCGUUCAAAGAUAAAAUAUUAAGUUUAUAUCCCGACUUAAUAUCUUUUUCGGAGGACGAAAGAAAACAUUUUGUUAGGCAUUGGAUUGCGUACGGAGGUGUUCUUGUGAAAUCGAUGCGAUCUGCGAACGUUGAUUUUGUCGUACAUAAUAACAAUUGUAUUACAUACAAGGAAAUGCAAAGGUUAAAAGAAGAAUUGCGUCAAGGCGUAAGGCAUGUUACGAAAAAUUGGUUAAUUAGGUGUAUAAAUGAGGUUGCACUAUGUGAUACUACUAAAUAUGCGGUAACGGUUAUACCUCAGAAAUUAUAUUAAGUGAUCUUUCAGAAUGUAUUAUUUUUUAUCAAAUUUCAUUGAUUGUUAUUAUAAUUGUGUGUUGCGCCUUUAACAAUGAUCUGUUAAUUUUAUAUUUGGAAAUAAAUUAUAUUCAUAGUGCUCGCUUCGUU